AUGCAGGAUAUUGGUGGACUCCCCGACCUCAUUGAGGUUAUCCGGAUCCAGGACUCUGGUCCCACGGAAGCGGCCCGGGCCAUUCGGAAGAAGCUUAAGUAUGGAAACGUUCACCGCCAACUCCGGGCGUUGAUCAUCCUGGAUGGAUUGAUACAGAAUGCGGGUUCAAGGUUCCAGAAGGGCUUUGCAGAUGAACCGCUUUUGGAACGGCUCAGGUUGAUGGCCAAGGAUGACAUGGUGGAUAAGGAGGUGCGCGACAAGGUCAACGUUCUCUUCCGCCAAUGGGCCGUUGCAUACAAAGGUACCCCAGGGCUCGAGCGGAUUGCCACGCUCUACAAGGAACUACCUAGGACGAAGCGACCACAACCGCAUCAGUCUCGCGUGGUCCGUGAGAAUGAGGCAGAAGCGGAACGUGAGAACGCUUCGUCGUCGCCCCCGGCAUCACCAACAACCCAUCGACAGAACUCACCACCCUCCCACUUCCCGCAAGCUUCUUCCUCGUCCGGGCGGACUGUUGCUCUAGGUGCUACCGCAACUCCUAGCUCUUCGCUGUUUAGGAAAGACAAGAAGGACAAGAAAAACAAAGGCAAGCCAUUCAACCUGGAAAGGGAGAAGGGUCAGCUACUUGAAACCAUUGCCUCGGCCACAGUUGCGAGCAACAGUCUCAUGAAUGCACUCCAACUCAUCAACCGCGAGGUGCAACGUGUCAGCGAGAACCCAGAAGUCAGCCACCGGUUCGAAACAUGCAAGCUCACUCGGCGCCAGAUCCUGCGCUAUAUUCAGCUUGUAGAGUCAGAGCAAUACAUUGGCAGUCUGUUGAAUGCAAAUGAUGAGCUCGUAAAGGCUCUCAUGGCUUACGAGAUCAUGGACAAGAGUAUAGACGACGACAGCGACAGUGACAACGACGACUCAUCUGCACCUAGCUCGUCAAUGGCUGGGUUGAGCAUGGAUGAUGCUCCUCCGGCCAAACCACCGAGACCAGUCAGCAUUCCCAUGCCACCAGCACCUGCUCCAAGCAAGCAGCCGCAAAUUGAGCCCGAGGAGGAGGACGAUGAUCCUUUUGGUGAUUCUCAUGCCGUCAAGACUCCUUACGAACGUAACGAACCAACUUGGAGGGAUGUGUAG